AUGCCCUUCACCACCCAGCGCCCGCAGCCCCCCAGAUCCCUAAAUUCCUCGAGACCAGCAGAAGCUGGGAUGCCUCAACCGGGUCACCCCAGUGAGUCCCGUGUCUCGGUCUAUACCUCCUGGAAGCAACAUGAGUCAGUAGGUAUCGAUCUUUCACAUGUGCCCAGAGCUGCGUCAACCCAUGAUAUCUACGAGGCACUCAAAAAGGAGGGCAGCAUCGUGAGAAUUGAUCUCUACGAGACCUCCGAUGGCCGCUCAACCACCAGAGGGUUUGUGCGCUUUAGGUUGGUAUUCUUUCAAUAUGUCAUUCCGCGUGGAUCAACCCCCCCUGAACUUGAUUUCUGGUCCGAUGGCUGCUACGAAGUGCCGCUCCGCAAUGGUCCUGUGGUGCUAAUCGGACUCGGCUUGAAUCACUUCUCAGAUGGCGAGACUAUUCCCAGCCCAGUUCGCUCGCAGGUUCAGAUUCCAGCCCAGAAGGAGCUUAUGACUACUAAGGUUGACAUUGGCGUGCUCGUUGACGCCACGACUGUUCAUGCCAUGCACAGCUUUGACCAAUCGUCGGGCCCCAGGUUUGUCGUCGAUGUUCUGCGCAGAUGUCUUUAUGUCUACUUCAAAGUGGGUAUCCGCUCAAAGGCCGGUGACAUGUCUCUGCAUGACUAUCGAGUCAGGUUUACCUUCCUCCAACUGUCCCAAAUCUUUGAGCAGUACGACGUGGCUACAGGGCAGACAUCCUUUCUGAUAAUUCUGGACUCCUCUCCUAUUUUUCACCGAAGGCUGAAAAAUAUUUCUUCUUCGUUUACCGUGCUGAGGAACUGGAGAGAGGAGGAUGUCUGGUAUCGUCAGACAGCUGUGCGUCGCAAUCCACAUAUCAUCGAAACCUCCAGCAACAACCUGAGGAAGUCCGGACAUAUCAUUGACACGGGGCGAUGGAACGUGUUCAAGAUUACGUUUGCAUCUGAGCUCAAACAAUACGGGGAAGCUCUAAAGCUCACUCGAGCCAUGCUGAAAGACUACAACUUUUCCAUUGAAGACGGGAACCAUUUUACCGAAAGAAAGACCCGGCCACUACCAGUGUGGCACUGGAUUGAUCACGUUGGUCCUCAAUCGAGCAAGGCGUCCUUGUUCCUGCUAGAGGACAUGGGGAAUGAGAACUAUGUCCACCUUCACAUCCAUGUUCGGUACCAGCUUGAAGUCUGCAUGUCUCAUGGAUACCUCUCCGAGUUCACAAUGACUCGUGAGUUUGUUGAGAAGUUGAGCAACAUGAAAACAGACGAGGCUCAAAGACUGCUAGAGCACAUUGCAACAGAGAAGAAGAAAUACUUUAAUUCGAUGGAAAUAUUUGGUCUGAAGGCCCCCAAAGGCACAGCGGAUACCAAAAUCCCGGAUUAUUGUUGCUUCAUGCGCACAGCACGAGUCACUCCAUCUACCAUCUACUACAAUACCCCAUCCGUGGACGCCUCCAAUCGCAUCGUGCGCAAAUACUCUGAGAUGGCUGAUCAUUUCCUUCGUGUACGGUUUACGGACGAGAAGACGGAAGGUCGCAUCAACUCUUCGAUGAAUGAUAACAACGACGAAGUCUUCACCAAUGUUAAGAGGACAUUGUCAAAUGGCAUCACCAUUGGAGACCGACACUAUGAAUUUUUAGCGUUUGGCAACUCUCAGUUCCGAGAACAUGGCGCUUAUUUCUUUGCCAAGGGGGGACCCAUCACAGCGGCGUCAAUCCGGGCCUGGAUGGGUCAAUUCAAUCACAUUCGAAAUGUGGCCAAGUAUGCUGCAAGACUGGGACAGUGUUUCUCGACUACGCGCGCCUUUUCUAGCACUAACGUUGAGCUUGUUCUGUGCGAUGAUAUUGUUCGUAACGGUUACACAUUCUCAGAUGGCGUUGGGAAAAUAUCGAAGUUCCUUGCGCAAAUGGCCAAAACCGAACUAAAUAUCAAGACUCCAACUCGACACCUUCCAUCAGCUUUCCAGUUUCGUCUCGGGGGCUCCAAGGGAAUGCUUGUUCUUUCACCUGAUCCUCGCCCCCGGGAAGUGCAUAUUCGCCCCAGUCAAUACAAGUUCAACGCCGAGCACAGUGGAUUGGAGAUCAUUCGCUGGUCCCAAUUUUCCUUUGCAACUCUGAACCGCCAAAUCAUUAUCGUCCUUUCUGCUCUGGGAAUCCCAGACAAGGCCUUUUUGAGUAAGCUCGACUACAUGUUGAGCAGCUUCAAUGAUGCCAUGAAGGACGAUCAGAGGGCAACCGACCUACUACAAAAGUGGAUUGACCCAAAUCAAAUGACCCUCACAAUCGCCCAGAUGGUUGUAGAUGGCUUCAGACAAGCUGACGAGCCAUACGUGUGCACCCUUCUUGAGCUAUGGCGAGCCUGGCAUUUGAAAUACCUCAAGGAAAAGGCAAAAAUCACUGUUGAGAAAGGAGCUAACCUACUCGGCUGUCUGGAUGAGACAGGUGUUCUCAAGGGCCAUUUUGAAGACAAAAUACCCAAGGACAAUGCCCCACAUGAAGAGAGACUGGCAGCUCUUCCUGAGAUCUUUGUGCAGAUCUGCCGCUGUGAAAAAGAGGAAGCCUCAAAAGAUGCUGAGUACGAAGUCAUCGAGGGUGUUUGUAUCUUGGCUCGCAAUCCCUCUCUCCAUCCUGGCGACAUCCGUGUAGUCCGAGCAGUGAAUCGACCUGAGUUGCAAGAAUAUCGGGACGUGGUCGUGCUUCCCAAACUGGCGAUCGAGAUAUUGCAAGCAUGUGCUCAGGAGGCGAUCUCGAUGGCGACGACUACCUUGUCAUUUGGGACCCAGAUUUGA